GAUUCCCCCUUUAGAGGGAUUAUACAAGAGUCGCCCCUCAAUAAUUCAAACUAAUACCGUGUGCAACCCGUUCAAAGUAACAGUGAAUUGUACCUAGGUGAUCACUUCACGCCAUCAUGUCUAUAAAACUACCGCAGACCGAAGCUGAGCGGAAUACAUGGAUUAAAUUCCACAAAUUGGCGGAUUUAACUGUCCACGAUGAUAUCAAGCUCGCUUCAGCAUCAACAAUCAAGGAGCAGCAAUAUCUUGCGCUUAGAGUGCUCUGGAAAACACACAAAUCCAAAGAUCUUGAUGUUGAAAAGUUUGACCUUAAAAUCUGGAUCAGCAAGGCUGAUGAGCUGCUCCGCAGCUUUCAGUCAUGGCAAGGAUAUCGGCAAAGUUUCAAAACUUCGAUUAUUCCCGAAGGCACCUUCGCGUUAGCCAGGAAAUACCAAAAGCAGGCCGCGCUGUCUACGGAUGAGACUCUCAGGCCCAGUGUCUCUAUCUCCCCAAUAUCUCAACGAACUCGAAGCCAGAUAAGCAGCCUAACAAAGAGGCUUAGGGAUGCGCAGCUUCAAACUCCAACUAAAUCUAGGGGGGAUCCGUUGGAUUACUUUAAGAUUGAAGGGGAGGAGAAGGAAGAGGAUGAAAAUGACGAGGAUGAAAAUGAAGAAACCCCUUUCGUUUCCCCCGGGCCUAGUGAAAUUGUGAAUUUGAUGUAUCCGCCGACAAAAGAUGAGCAGAUUGUGAAUACAGCUCUAGUUAAUUUCUUGAACGCGCUCACUAUGCACUUUCCAGCUGCCAAUGAUUGGACCUUACAUCGAAAAUCAUUCAAGGCAGACUUUCAGAAAGCGUCAUUUGAAGCACGGACUGAUGGGUACCUUGAAGACCACUCUGAUCCCGACAAAGCGCGAGCGUUAAUCGAAGUAAAGCCAAUAAUGCGGAAUAAGAAGAGGGACCGUAUUUGCAUGCAAGAGGCUGCCCAAAUGGCAGCCUGGAUCAAGACAGACCCUGACCUUCAUGGUUGCUUGAACAAACCCGGACGGCGCCUUCAUAUAUCUCAAGACCGCCAUCAACUAUUCAUUAUUAUCGCGGAAUAUAGCCAAGAUUACAUUGACUAUUUGAACAAAAAGCCUCCAGUUGGUAGUGCUUUACCAUUCCUGACAAUGCACGAGUACGGUGCUUGGGAUACAUCAAUACUCCGUGAAAUGGACAGCAUUGCAAGGAUUAUUCUAGCCAUUGCGUUGCGUGCUCAUUCUGAUUGCCGUGGUGCAUCCAAGUUAACUGAUAAGUGAAGGGUGCAAUGAUUGCUGUAUUUUUGUGAAUAUUUGAUGCAUGUCUAUUUUGUAGUGUCUUUUUACGCUUUAACCUCCAUAGGUUAAAUGUCAAGUUAUUCCUAUAAUUAUCCUAAUUAAAAGACUUGG